AUGUCCAAUGCCACGCUGUUUACCUUGGGACCUCUUGAAGAUAUAAUUAAUGUUAAAACGUUUGAGUACUCCAGGGCCGGGCUGCAGUUCCCGGUGGGCCGUGUCCACACGCUGCUGAGGAAGGGUAACUAUGCUGAGCGUGUUGGUGCCGGGGCCCCGGUGUACCUCGCGGCUGUGCUGGAGUAUCUGACGGCUGAGAUCCUGGAACUGGCCGGAAACGCCGCCCGUGACAACAAGAAGACCAGGAUCAUCCCCCGCCACCUGCAGCUGGCCGUCCACAACGACGAGGAGCUGAACAAGCUGCUGGGCCGAGUGACGAUCGCUCAGGGCGGCGUGCUGCCCAACAUCCAGGCCGUGCUGCUGCCCAAGAAGACGGAGAAGGCGAAAUGAAGCUCCGGGAGA